AUGACUUAUGACAGAAGAGGCAUUCACAAUUACAAGCUUGUGGAGUCGCGGUUGAAAGUUUUGAGAGGACUAGGGGCACGUAUGAUUCUUGAGUACAAAGAAGAGUUCAAAAAGACUUAUGGCAAUCUCCUAGGAAUUCGUAAUACUGAAGUUAACACCAUUGUUGUGCACACUCUUGUGCAAUUUUAUGAUCCUAUGUUGAGAUGUUUUACCUUUCAAUAUUAUCAGUUAGCACCUACUCUGGAAGAAUACUCUCAUAUUUUGGAGAUUGGGAUUAAGAAUCGAGUUCCUUUUGUCUGCACUAAAGAACUCCCCAAGUCUCAUAUCCUUGAUGAAGCCCUUCAUCUAGAUAAGAAGGAAGUAGAGUUGUAUCUUAAGCUUAAGGGUGGAAUUCAUUGUUUUACCUCGAAGUUUCUGGUAGAUAAGGCCACUACUUUUGCCGAUGUUGGAAGCUGGAUGGCUUUCAAUGCUGUUCUAGCUUUACUCAUCUAUGAGAUUAUAUUGUUUCCUAAUAUUGAAGACUUUGUGGAUCUGGAUGUUAUACAUAUUUUUCUAACCAAGAAUUCUAUUCCUACUAUUCUUGUUGAUACUUACUAUUCUAUCCACGUAAGGACUCGGAAGAAGAAAAGAACUAUUUACUCUAGAAGCUACGACAAUGUCAAGCUCAUCCUCAAUUGUGGUGACUUUACUAGUGUACCUCUUCUUGUUACAAAAGGUGGAAUCAACUACAAUCCGAGAUUGGCACUACGUCAGUUGGGAUACCCUAUGGUGGACAAACCUGAUUCCAAGCAUGUGGAAGAUUUUGCCUUGUAUGAAGGGGUCGAUAAUCCAGAGUUACUCAAGAAGAUUAUCAAUGCUUGGGGAGAGAUAUGUCCUAAAGAAAGAGAUGAAAUGGGUAAGAAGAACUACAUAGCCAGGGAAGCUUAUACCAGAUGGGUUAAGGAUAUGGUUAAAGAGAUAUUGUUGCCAUUUCCAUCAGAGUCGUCUAUGAGCAUCAAAACUCCCGAACUUAUUGUUAAUCAUAUCUCUGAAGUUGACAAGUUGAAGGGAAUUAUCAAGGAAUUAGAGAAAGAGAGCGCGGAUCUCUGA